AUGGUUGACGCAUCCACCGAAGUCCCGGACUCGCCGAGAGCCUGGCAAGAGCAAGUCAACUUUUUGGGACUGAGCAGCCAAACUAUUCACAACAUGCCGUUGAAAUCCGCAUCCCAUAUUCCUAGGGAGCAGUUCCUCAUGCUCCAGGUGCUCUGGAAAUCUCAUACCUCUUCUGCAUUUUUGGACUAUUACGACUUAAACCACUUGCUGCCACGUGCGAACGCCAUACUAAAACAUGUUUCCUCGUGGGACAAAUACUGUAAGACGUUCGAUCCAAGAAGCCCGAUCCCGGAAGGAACUUUUGCCGCAGCCCGUUAUUACCAAUUUCAGGUCUCAAAAACAAAGCAAGAUGAUUCUGGUAGUUGUGUUUCCUUCACUCCUAAAGUCCAUAACACCCGUUCUAGGGCGCAACCCGCAUAG